AUGGCUGGAGGAGGAUUUAUUGAUGAGAAGGGAGGAGCAAGGGCAGCUCAUUAUGAAUAUAGGAUCACUUCUUAUUUCAUUUUCGCUUGUAUUGUUGGUUCUCUGGGAGGAUCCCUCUUUGGUUAUGAUUUGGGAGUUUCGGGAGGAGUCACAUCAAUGGAUGACUUCUUGAAGGAAUUCUUCCCACAUGUGUACAGGAGGUCACAAGAGCAUCAUGAUGAAACCGAUUACUGUAAAUAUGAAGAUCAGAUUCUGACGUUCUUCACCUCCUCCCUGUACUAUGCCGCACUUGUGAUCACUCCGGUGGCCUCACGUGUGACCAGAAAUUUCGGAAGGAGGGCCAGCAUCCUUGUCGGAUCAGUCAGCUUCUUUGCCGGAGGGCUUGUAAAUGCAGCGGCGAAGAAUGUUGCCAUGCUCAUCGUUGGUCGAUGCCUUCUUGGAUUUGGCAUUGGUUUUGGAAAUCAAUCUGUGCCUCUGUAUCUUUCGGAGAUGGCACCAGCUAAAAUCCGAGGAAUGGUUAACCAACUGUUUCAACUCACAACCUGUUUGGGAAUUCUGGUAGCCAACUUGAUAGACUAUGUUUUCCAAAACAAACAUCCAUGGGGUUGGAGGUUGUGCCUUGGUUUGGCUGCACUUCCAGCCUCUCUUAUGUUUGUUGGUGGACUUUUUCUUCCGGAGACCCCAAACAGCCUUGUUGAACAGGGAAAACUGGGUCAAGCCAGAAGGGUUUUGGAGAAAGUGCGUGGCACACCAAAUGUGGAUGCUGAAUUCGCCGAUCUCAUAGACGCAAGCAAGGCAGCACAGGCUGUGAAGCAUCCGUUCAGGAAUCUGUUCAAAAGAAAGAACCGCCCUCAGUUGAUCAUCGGCGCCUUUUGCAUUCCAGCAUUCCAACAACUCACUGGCAAUAACUCCAUUCUUUUCUAUGCCCCUGUCAUUUUCCGGAGCUUGGGUUUUGGUGCAGAUGCAUCCCUGUAUUCAUCGGUUAUUUCAAAUGGUGCAUUAGUCCUAGCUGCCUUGAUCUCCAUGUUCCUUGUCGACAAGUUUGGUAGGAGGAAAUUCUUUUUGGAAGCUGGUACCGAGAUGAUCAUCUGCAUGUUACCUGACAUGAUUGAUUGA